AUGGAAGCGGCGGAAGCACCACCGUCGAAGAAGGGAAAGAAGGGAUUGCAAACGGUCUGGAACAAGUUCAAGGACCUCUUUAGAGAUAAACCCACCUCUGCAGAAACACCUCCAACCGUCAGCGAUACGCCACCUGCUCCCGCUGCUGCUGUCGCUCCACCGAGGGAAGGAGCUGUAGAUAGUCCAACACCGGAGCCUCUCGUCGAGCACUCGCCUGGACAAGAAGUCGACAAUACGCCCAAAGAGCCUGAACAGCCUGACGAACCUGGCUCGGUAUCGUUACAAGAACCUGUCGAGAUCAAGGACUCCCUGGCCGAGUCACAGAUGCGGUUCAGCAAAGCACAGGCAAUCUUUGCUAGACACAACCUAGAACUGGAUGAAACAGAAUGGGAGCCGAAAUACAAAGUGCCCCAUGAAAGGGUGUACAAAAAUAUACGAAUGAGGGUCAGAUACACCUGUCACAACUGCUCAACGACGUUCGGCCGCGAUCGAGUCUGCAUUGGAUGUCAACACCGACGCUGUACUCGAUGUUCACGGUACCCGCCAAAGAAAGACCGCACGAAACAUUCACAAGACUCCACAGCAGCUGGCCCUCCGGAACUCGUGACUGACGCACCUCGACCAAGCCCUGAGGGUGGAUUGUGUCAUGAAUGCCGGAGUGGUUUCGAGGUCGAUGCUGAAGAGUGCCCCAAUUGCCAUCACAGGAUUUGCGAGAGAUGUCUGCACGAAGCCACCAUUACUGUUGAACCUGGUCACGAAGCCGCUCAGGAAGCAACCCAGGAAGUGUCUGAGGUCAAACAGCCUGAACAAAGGAACCCCAUUCGACAAGAGUCAACCGCUGUCAGCUAG